AUGAUUACUGCCAUCAGCGAACCCGGCACAGAGGACUGUUUAUACCUCGGGCUCUACUCCCGACCCUGGGAUGCCUCGCAACCGCUCCGACCCGUAGUCGUCGUGUACUAUGGUGGCGCCUUUAUCCAAGGCGGCGGUUCCUUCACGCUCCCACCAGCCGGAUACCCAAUCCUCAAUGUGUCAGAAGCCAACAACUUUAUCUUCGUGUACCCGAAUUACAGAGUCAACGCUUUUGGCUUCCUUCCUGGUGCUAAGAUCGCUGCGGAUAGGAAGUCGGAUUUCAACCUGGGACUUCUCGACUAG